AUGAACGGACUCACGCCGAUGAUGACCGCCGCCAGCCACGGACACGCCCACUUGGUGCGACUGCUGAUGGAGAAGGGCGCCGACCCCCACCACAUCGACGCCAAACACAACUCGGCGCUGCAUUUGGCCUCUGUUAACGGAAGCUGCGAAGUCGUGCAGCUGCUCCUAGAGAAGGGGCUGGACGUACAGGCAAAGGGAACCCAUGGGAGGACGGCGCUCCACGACGCAGCAGGGUUUGGACACGUGGAGUUGAUAGAUAUGCUGUUGGCGAAAGAAUCUGACAUUUCCGCUUUAGCAGACAAUCAGAUGACCCCUCUUCUCCUCGCAGCAAAAGCCGGCCACGCCAACGCAGUGGAAAUACUCCUGGCCAGAGGAGCCUCUGUGCAGGAACAGGGGUUGAUCGAGCGCAUAGCAGGUGGAUGCCACGUGGACGAGGGGAAGAUACACCUGGUGCAAGCAGCCAAAGGAGGCAGCGCUCGUGCUCUCAAAGCACUAUUCCUCGGCGGUGCGACGGCCCAACCGCCGGUGACGCGGAUGGCCUUAAAGCGCGCUCUCAACGCAGAAGUCGUCUGGGCGCUGAUGGACAUCGACCCGGACAACUUCCGCAGUGCUGCCGAGGACGCCCUGCUCGCCCUUGCGACCGACGGCAACUCCCCGGCGCUGACGGCUGUGCUCGCCACAAGGGUGGAGUUGUCGAAAGAACGCCUUGCCUUGGCUCUCAAAGCGGCUGCUAAACACAACCGCGCGGAUUGCGUUGCUGCUUUGUUAGACGCGGGCGUCGCGGACGAGAAGCACGAAGGUUUGCUUGAAGCCGUCAAAAACAGGCACACGUCAUGCCUCGCUGAGUUUCUGCGGCGGGGCAUACCCGAUGAUCAGAAGGUCAAGGCGUUGACUGUUGCGAGAGAAACUUCCCAAGUGGACGUGAUGAGGAUGCUCGUCGAAUCAGGAGCAAACCCAUUUGCGGUUGACUCGAAAGACGUUUGGGGAUUGAUCAGGCGUUUUCAGGAACAGAAGAUGCUGGCGAUUGCAUAA